ACGAAUCCAGCCAUGCAUCUCAAUCUGAACUGCUGCACAAGAGUCAGCCUAGCCGGAGGCCUCAGCACGGUCACGUUCGAGCGCACCCCGGUCGCGUCGUGGCGGCAGCGGCGUACCGGGCGUCAGCGUCAGCGCCAUCUGGUGCUGGCCGAGCGGUCAGCUCCGCCGCUGCCGCCGCCGCCGCCGCCGCUAGCGACCAGUCUGGUGCAGCCCGCCAGCCCGAGAGAGCGGUGGAACGUCGGUGCGCUGUGUUUCAGCCGUGCAGAGACGUGACGAAUACGUGAGAGACGCGAUACGUGGACGUGGAUCGAGUAUUGACCGAUUUAGUGUGUGUCGAGGAGUGGCUGGGUCACGGUGCAGCUGCGUCGAAGGCGAUGAUCGGCACAGCUCGGCCGGAAAUUGUCACGUGACCAGCUGCUACCAAGCACCACCAUGAUGAAGUGGAAACACCAGAAGAGCGACUUCAGUGGAGACUCGGACGUCGAGUCGUCGCUAGCCGUGCUGGACCGCGUCCUCUCCGAGUUCGACGACAUCGAGACGGACAGCUUCUUCAGCGGCGACGGCGAGUCGCCGGCGGCGGCCGCCGACGCGCUGGCCGAGCUGGAGGCCGAGGGCGCGGGCCGGCGCACCUCUCCGCCGCCCGUCGACCGGUCGACCAAGCCGCGCUCGGCCAGCGCCGCCGCCACGCCCGCAGCCAGCUGGAGGUCCAGCCGGAGUGAUGCCAACACGGCCCACUCCUCGGCGGGAAACAGGGCGGAGCGAGGAGCUCAGUCGCCCUCCCCGUCACCGCCGGGCAGGACUGGAAGCUCGAGGGUAAACGGACUGGUCAGGAGCUUCGAGAGCUCGAGUCGAGAGAGCUCGCCGCCGCAGACGGCGCUCUUGGUGAGGGCUCAGAGCUCCGUGGCUAAGUCGAGGCCCGGUGAGUCGCGACCGAGACGCUCACAGAGUGAGACAAGGUUUGGGGACUCGGUGGCUGCGCGCCGCUCGCCUCCCAAAGUGGUGCGUCCGAUCGGGCCACCGCCUACCACGCGUCCGCCGCCACCUCCCCCGCCUCCGCCCCCGCCCCCGCCACCACCGAGUCACGAGCUGCCUCCCGCCGCGGAACAGUCACCGAUGUCUGUCAGUCAAAUCCAACCGACAGUCGUAUCAGUCGGUCACACCGAGCGGGCCGGCCGCAGUCGACAGCGAGCCCCGUCCGCCGCCGCCGCACCUCCUCCGCCGCCGGAGCUACCGCCUCUGCCGACCAAAGCAGCGCUGAGACAGAAGUCGUCCCCGCACCUCAACUAUUACCCUCCUGGCGACCCGCGCCGGCGCAGUCUACCUGCCAAGGAGGCGCUAAGCGGAGCGGCGCCAGAGGUCAGCGGGAAUAUCGAUUCUAAAAUCAAACGGCUCUCGCUCAAUUUCGAGCCGCACGGCCCGAUUGUGUUGACUGGUCGCGCUGGUUUGGCGAGAGACGAGCUGGGUAGGCUAGAGCGGGCACUGAACGGUCGGCCUGACCACCGUCCUCAGCCGCAGCUGCUGAGCCCCCGAGGGGACCGCAGCCUGGAGUACAGACAGCCCAACAGACAGGAACUUCUUCGACAAGACGCUAGAGAAGGUCAGAGCGGAUCUCAGACUCCGGUGCAAAACCAUCCCGAGCAGAGAGCAGGGGAGAGGCUUCACGGCGCGCAUGACACGACAGGUCAAGAACAAAGCGAGGCGACUUACCACACGGUGGAGGCGAGGCUGGAGCAGCAGCCGUCCCGCCCUCCGGAGCCCGGCAGGGACGUGAGCUACACACAACACACAGCUGCACCACCUGAAGAUAAGGAGCGCACGCCUUCCCCAGUAGAGACGAUUCGCUCAGCGGGUCCGACAGUCCGGCCGGCGCAGGAGACGGCCGCGCCGGGUGGCUCACUGCCACUCCGCCGGCCCGCCGGCACCCUGACCGAGGGGUCAGCCCGCGCGGGUCCGCGACCCGUGCGAGGGUCACCCCCGGCCGCCCCCGUCACCGAGGCAACCCCAGCCAGUGAGGAGCAGAAGCCAUCUCUGCCGGCUAAGCAGCACUCAGCGAGGAACAGAGAUGAGAGGAGACCGCCAGCUCGUCGGAAGAGGGACCGGAGACGGAACCCUGACGAGCCGCCUCCGCCGCCGGAGGAGGCCCAGAAGCAGAUCUCCCUGCUCCUCAACCGCGGGCCCGACACACCGACCAGUACCCUGAACGGCUCCGUAUCGACCAUGCGGAGCACGGCCUCGACAGCGGCCACUGAGACGGGCACGGGUCAGCGUGGAACCGGCUCCCGGCCGCUGCGGCAGGCCAGUGUGGAGAGUCGUCUCCGCCCGAGCCGACCGGCGCCCUCCCCGCCGAUCCAGCGCCAGGCCUCCGCACCCAGCGGCUCCCUCAGCUCGCGGCACAGCGACGCCAGCGCCACCGCCGGCGGCCGCGGCAGUCACAGCUUCCGCGCGGCGCCGACAGGCAGCGAGGAGCGCCGCGGUCGCGGUCUGCGCCGGAGCGACGAGCCGCCGACGCCGACGCGGUCCGUCGCUGCCGAUGACCGCGUGCUGGAGAGAGGAGAAGACGGCGCCACGGUUGGAGAGGUGACGUUUGAACUGGAUGGCGGUGGACGAACCUUCAACUAUGUCUCAUACCGAGAUGGAGGCGACGGCAGCGGCCCGGCCAUGGGUCCCAUGUCCCUGCCUGGCUCACUGGCGAUGGAGCAGCCCGACUCCCCGCCCACAAACAGCUACCCCAAGAAGAUGCCGCUCUUCUCCCCCAUCGUCAAGGACCGGCUGAACGAUAACACCAACAUGUACAUCCCGGCGCCGCCGUCACCCCGCCCGGACUACUAUGACUCCGAGCUCUCCGAGACGGACUCGCUGGCUCGCGAGGGCUCCGACACAGAGGCGCUGUUUGGGCUGCAGGAAAAGCAGAAGGUUGGAAAGAAGAAGACCUCUGGUGGUAGAUUCGGAGCGACCAAAACCUCGCCACCGAUGCAUCGGAAGAACAAGGUUAAAGAGAGUAAGGAGCGACAUCAAAAGAAGAAAACGCCAGAGAAGGACGCACCGGCGGCUGAAACGAAGACGGACUCGAAGGGGCGUGGCAAGACCAGCGUGGCGACCACGCCCACUCGGGAGGUGACAGUGACACACCUGUCUCCACAGCAGGAGACACCUCCUUCGGUCCGUCAGACGGCAGCGGCAGGGAAGCAGCCGCCCACCCCGCAGAAAUCCACCUCCCUGCUCAAACGGCCGUCACUCACCAAACAGCUUUCGUCGCCCAAAAAGACGCCAGCCCCGAAACCGGCACCCGCUCCGAAGCAGCCGGCAGCGCGGGUUUCGUCCAAGGUGUCGCCAGCGCCGAAACAGCCCAGCUCGUCGAAGGAGGCACUAGCUGCAAAGCAGUCAACCUCAGUAAAGCAGGGAGCACCUGUGUCCCAAGCACCCUCCUCACGCAAGAGCUCGGCCAUAUCAAUCAAGCAGUCCGCACGAAGAACUUCCUCCCCGAAACAGCCGCCGUCCCCGGUCCAUCCUCCCGCUGAGGAAGAGUCAGUCCUUCCCACACCUCCUCCCUCUCCUCCCUCCCCUCCGGCACAGUCGGCACCUCCUCCUCCCUCCGAGACAGCCAUUUCUCCUCCGCACACCGCUGGUCCCUCAUCCCCUCCCGCUGAGGAAACAGCAGCAUCGUCUACCAAGCCAGCCAUGACACCUCUUCAGGCAAUGAUUGAAGACUUCCACAGGAACCUUCCACCUCCCCCGGCCUUUGACGACGCCGACGCCCUGAAUGUGUCGAUGGAUGAGCCACCGUCGCUAGCUGAGGAGGUAGAAAUGGAGCCCGAUGACUCCUACUACUCUGAUGACUCACUUGACUAUCAGGACGGGCGCUCCAAGGGCGCAGCCAAGCGCCGAAGACGACGAAAGAGUGAUUGGUCGACUACCACCAGCUUCGACUUUGUACAUCGAAAGGAGGCUCGUAAACGGAUCCCGGAGAAGCUAACUAAUCGGGAUGAGGGUAUCAGCUCACUGGAGAGCCAUAACUCGGCUAGUGAUGAAAAUGAGGGAUCUAGAAAGAGGCGCCAGGCGGGUCUCAUCGCCGCAGUCGCUGCUGAGCAGACCCCGACUGACUCCAAGCCAGCCCGCCAGGACAGCGGCAAACAGAGGAACAAGUUCGACUCGAUCCGUAAACUGCUGAAGGAAGGCCGACUGGAGGGUCUGGAGACGCCGCCGCCGGACUUCGUGCCACCUCCGCCGCCGGCUGUGGCCAAGAGUGCGCGCCGGCAGCCGGGCCGGCCGGCGGCGGACGCUACCGCUGGCUCCUCCGAGCAGACACCAGAGCAGGAGACGCCGGUCCGACUGAGGCCGCGAGACAGCUCGGCCGGCUCAGGAGGCUCCGGUCAGAGGCCACGCUCGCACAGUCAGCCUGCAUCAUCACUGGUGGAUGCCGCCGCCAGUCGGGAGCGCAGCUCUCAGUCUCCCCAUGAGGUGCGCACGUCACAGUCCUUCCUGCACCAGAAGGGACCUUCGUCGCUGUUUGUCGACUACCGUCGGCCGAGCGGCGGCGGCACCACGAGCAGCGGCGGGGGUCCGCCGUCAGGCCGACGCCGGCCGGCUCCGCGGCCUGACCCGGCUCUCCGGCUCCGAGCUGACUCCCCACUGCGCCGUAACCGGCCGGUGCGACCCGCAGAGGGGGUCCAGGUGAACCCGCUGACGCACGCGCGGCCCGGACCGCCGCUGUCUCCGCUGGCCACCUUCCACAGCGCCGAGAGUCUGCACAGCUCUCUGCCGCCGGUGCUGCGCGCGUCUGGAGGGAAGGGAGCCAACCGCGGCCACCUGACGCUGCCCGGGGAGAGGGGCCUCGAGCGCAGGGACGUCCGGAGGGCCGACAGCCUGGCCGUCAGCAAAAAGGAAAAAGAUGGCGACUCCAAGUUCAAAUUCAGCAUCUUCAAGGGUUUCUGGCGCCGGAAGCAGUACUCUCUGGAGCAAGUGUAGCCGCUGUUCCGGCGGCCCGCCCAUAGCGAGCAGCCGUCCCUCUGUAUACCCUCCCCUUCAUGUGCAUUGUGCAAUUAACAUGAUGGCUUCAAUAUACCCAGUGAUAUGACUGGCGACCCGUAUGAUGAAAUAUGGCGCGAGGUGGGAAUUGGAUGAAUGUAGUUUGGGUAAACGUGUGCAUAUCCAGAUGUAUAAAAGGCCCUGUGCUAUGUCAGAGCUCAUGUGGGCGUUAGGGCCGCGUUAUAUUAUUGUAUUCGUAUAUACAAGUGAAUGCGUCGUAUACAUUGUAAAUAAACGACCUUAUUGACGAAU